AUGCUGGAGAACACGCCCCGGCUGCCUGUCCGGCAGCUGCUUAUUCUGUCAAUAUGUCGCUUCGCUGAGCCAGUGGUGCUCACUUCCGUGCUUCCCUACCUGCCCGAAAUGAUCGAAUCCCUCCACAUCCCACCCGCCCUCGUCCCGAAAUACGUCGGUCUCACCACCGCCAUCACCUCCCUCUCGCAAGCCACCAUGGCCAUAACCUGGGGCUCCCUCUCCGACACCUACGGCCGCAAACCCAUCAUCCUCCUCGGCCUCUUCUUCACCAUGUUUUUCUCGCUCGUCUUCGGCUUCUCCACCUCCCUGCCCAUGCUGAUCAUCUCGCGCGGCUUUCUGGGCCUGAUGAACGGCAACGUCGGCAUCAUCCGCACCAUGGUCGCCGAGAUGGUGCCCCAGAAGGAGCUCCAGCCCAGAGCGUUCAGCGUCAUGCCGUUGGUGUGGACCGUGGGGAGUAUCUUUGGGCCGGCGUUUGGGGGCGCGCUGGCCAAGCCGGUGGAGAAAUUCGGGAGUGUGUUUGGGGGGGACGAGGGGCUUUGGGGGAGGUUUCCGUUUGCGUUGCCGAAUGUAUUGGCGGCGGGGUUUUUUGUGGUGGGGAUUGCGACGGGGUGGUUGUUUUUGGAGGAAACACUCGCCUCCAAAAAGAACCAGCGCGACCACGGCCUCGUCCUGGGCCGCGCACUCACAUCCUGCGGACGACACCGAGACGAGAAGACACAGUCUCUGGGGCGCGACGACGAGAGAACCGCCCUGCUGCGCGACGCGCCCAAGACAGCCAAAAAGCCCGCCAAAAAGCCCAGCUGGGCGGACGUGUUCUCGCCCCAGUCGAAGCUCAUCCUGCUCGCCUACUCGCUCAUGUCGAUGCACACGAUGGCGUUCGAUUCCCUGCUGCCGGUGUUUCUGCAUACGCCGGUGCAGCAGAUCGAUGGCAAUCCGGACGUGCGGCUGCCGUUUAAGUUUGUGGGGGGGUUUGGGGAUAUAGACUCCCAAACAAUCGGCACCUUCUACACCCUCAUCGGCAUCCUCGGAAUGCUCAUCCAGUUCCUCAUCUUCCCCAUCGCCGCGCACCGGCUCGGCAUCCUGCCGUGCCUGAAGAUCGUCGUCCUCAUCUUCCCGCUCCUCUACCUGCUGACGCCCUUUACGGCCCUCGUGCCCUCUCCUUCCUUCCGCAACGUGACCAUCUUCUUCCUCAUGCUGGGCAAGCUGUCCGCCUCCAUCUUCGGCUUCCCGUGCAUCACCGUGCUGCUGACCAACUCGGCGACCAGCCUGGGGGUCUUGGGGACGUUGAACGGGGUGGGAACCAGUUUCAGUGCGAUUGGGCGCGCGGUCGGGCCGGCGUUGACCGGACAGGCGUUUUCGUGGGGCUUGAGGGAGGGGUUCAUUGUUGUGCCGUGGUGGUUGCUGGCGCUGUUUGGGGCGGUAAGUGCCGUGCCGGUGUUUUGUGUCGUAGAGGGGGAUGGGUUUGAUGGGGGUGCUGGUGAUGAUGAGGAGGAGGAAGUUGAGGUGGAGGAAGAGGUGGAGGAAGAGGAGAGAGGGAGGGGAAGGACGGGGUAUGGAGCCGUGGCGUCGCGGUGA